AUGUCUUGCCUACUAGUUGCUGAACAAAAUAAUGAAUUGUUGAUGAAAAAUCAUGGAUUACGUCCAACUGAUUCUGUACCAUUACCUGAAGCAAAUGGUACUACAUUGUCUGAAGCAAAUAUAAUAUCAAAACAAGGAUGCGGACGUGGACGUGGACACGGAUUUGGACACGGACACGAAUAUUUUGUUCACAAGGCAAGACAAUCUGCUGUGGCAAAUGAAUCUCAAAUACACCAGAAGCGUGUUCGACCAGUUGGUUCAAAAGACUCUGCAAAAGCUUGGGAGCUUCUUUUGCCCCUUAUGUGGUGUCCGAGUUGGUGGAAUAGGUUAUUGUGUCGGCCUGAGGGUUUACCCAGUGCGCACUUGAAGGAUAGUGAUUACGAGUUUUUCUGUCAUUAA